AUGAGUAACUUAUCAAGUGAAAUUUUUUUAUCUGACGAUAAAAAUGUUUCAUCAGACUCAAAAGUACUUCAAUCAGCCCUUUCAGAAAUACAUUGUUUAUCGGAAAAUGACAAGUCUGAACACUCGAUUGAUGCUUUUUCGUCUAAGAGAAAAAUUGAAGAUGAAUUUGAUUCUGUUGUGUCACCAUGGGAAUUUAGACGAUUAAAAGCAGAUUUAUGCGAAUCACAAGCUCAAAGAAUCAAAUUAGAAGAUAGAAUUGAGGAAUUGCAUAAAAAAAAUAAGGAAGCUGUUAUUUUUUUUGACAAAGAAAAAUCAGAAAUGAAAAAUCAGCUUGAAUCAAACAGAGUUACAAUUAAAACCUUAGAAUUUAGACUAAAUAAAAUUAGAAAAAGAGAAGUUGAUUACAAAGAAGAAUUGAAUGCCAAGCUUCAAAAAUAUGAAUGUAUGACUGAAAAAUUAAGUGACAAAAUUCAGAAAUUGGAAAAAGAAAAUAAAGAAUUGAAAGAAAAUACUAAUAAAUUUGAAUGCGAUCUUGAUAAUUCAAAAUUAAAAUAUCAUGAAGAAAUUAAUAAUUUAAAGUCGGAAAAUGAAAAGCUCAAAAUAGAUAAUGAUGAAAAGAAUGAGUUAUGUUCAAGUUUAAAUGCUCGAUUAGUUACAGCAUCUGAAAAAGCUAAAAAAUUAGAGGAUGCACAAAGUCAGUUACAAUUAGCUCAACUAAAAAUUAAGGCUUUAGAAUUUGAACAAGAAGAAUUUAAAGAAGCCAAAAAUGUAACAUUAGCUUUGAGUGAAAAGGUUCUUAGGGUAAAUGAAUUGGAAAAAGAAUUAAAUGAAAAAAAGUUACAAAUCAGUAAUUUGAAACAGUUUUUACACAAUAAUAUAUUACUAGAAGAAAUGGUACACGAUUUGAAAAUUAAACUUGCUGCCAAUGAAAAAAAAGUUAAUGAAAUUCCAGGUUUAAAGGGGCAAAUAAUGCAAUUGGAGUUAGAUUUAGAUAAAUGGAAGUCACUUGCUUCAGAAUUUUGUUCAGAUGUAACAAUAAGUUCUCUAAGAAGCUAUAUCGAAUCCCUACAACAAAAAGAAAUAAACAAUGUAUUAGAAAUAAACAACCUUAACACACUUAUUUCGUCGUUGGAAAAUAAAUGUUCUACCACUGCACAACAAUUAGAAAUAUCUAAAAUUCAAAAUCAAAAAUUAGAAACCAUUAUUCAAAAAUUAAAAGUUGGAGUUCAAUUACUUAAAAAAAAAACUAUACUUGUAUCUCGAGAGAGAGAUAGUUAUCGUCAACAAUUGGAUUUGUACGAAAGGGAUUUAACGAUAACCGAUGUUCAAGAACAGGAUUUAAAUACGGAUGUGGAAAAUCGUUGGAAAAGUAGAAUAAAAAGUUUAGAAGUCACGUUAAGUGAAUAUCAAAAUCAUAUCGAAAGUCUUGAAUUGCAAUUGAAACAAUAUCAAACGGAAGGACCGUCCGAAAGUAUCGAUACCAUAUUUAAAUUAAAAGAAGAAAUAAAAAAAUUAGAAGAUUCAAAUAAAUCAUUGAGAAAAAUAAAAGAUGAAUUGGAACGUAAAAUAGAAAGUAAAGCUUUGAUUGAAAAAACUACGACCGAUUCCAACACGAAAAUUCUUCACUUUAAAGAAAAUCCUGCUAGUAUUGCCGAAAAAGAUAUUCAAAAAGAAAUGGAUUAUUAUCAAAAGGAAUGUGAAAGGUUACGAAGCAGAGUUAAAUUACUGGAAUCUGGAGAAACUCUGAAUAUAACUCAAAAAGUGACGGAAGACAUAAAAAGUUGUAAUAGUCAAAAAGUUUUAGAAUUAGAAAAAGAAUUACAAUCGGCGAAUUUGAAAAUGCAAAGAUUAAAAGAAGUUUUUAAAAAAACGAGUCAAGAAUUUAGAGAUGUCAGCUACAUGCUUUUGGGAUAUAGAAUCGAUUUGACAUCCAAUAAUAAAUUAUAUAAGCUUUAUAACAUGUACUCGACUUCGCAGUUGGAUUACCUCAUGUUUCAGCAAACGAAAAACGGAACUCUGGAAAUGUUGGGAACGACUUUUGCAGAAUCAAUGUCGAAAUUCGUGGAUGAAUAUUUACAUAGUGGUAAUUCGAUUCCCGCUUUUCUUUCUGCCAUAACAUUAGAAUUAUACAGAUUAAAUGGACAAAGUGACGAAGAUGAUAACGAAGAAGAUUACAAGAGAAAUCUCGAAAGUGAUUCAAUAGUAAAAAAUUUUAAUUCUGAAUCGAUGGAUGUUAAUUAA